CUUCUCCUAUAUCUCUUUCAAGUUGUGUCCUAAAUCCUAAAACCACAGGAAAUAUUCAUAUAUUGUCUAGGAUAUUUUAGUGAAGUAGUACCAUGAUGAGACGACAAUUGAACAUUAUGGACACACCUACUUCGGUCGACUGCGGAAGGGAAGUUAGAUUCCGGCGCUCCUUUCGCACUUUGAUGGAGUGCAUGGUCCCCGCUUGCUGCGCCUUCCAACAAUCGGAAACUCUCUUCGACGACAGUUGUAGUACGGUCACCGGCACUUUUUUCGGGUACAGAAAAGGCAGAGUUAGUUUCUGCAUCCAACAAGACACCAAGAGCAGUCCAAUCUUGCUCUUGGAAUUCGCAGUUGUCACAUCAUAUCUCGCCCGAGAGAUGCAGCAUGGACUCCUCAGAAUAGCUCUCGAGUGCAGCGGGCGCCGGGGGUGUGGCUCCCUCUACAAAGUUCCGGUUUGGUCCAUGUACUGCAACGGCCGGAAAGUUGGAUUUGCCGUCAGGCGUGAGAUGAGCGAAAAUGACGCCAGCGCGCUGAAGCUCAUGCACUCCAUCUCUGUUGGGGCUGGGGUUUUACCGAAAUCGGGGGAGGAUUUUAACGGUGACGAUCUCCUGUACCUUAGAGCUAGCUUCGAUAGAGUAAUUGGGUCACCUGACUCUGAGUCCUUCCAUAUGAUUAAUCCGGUCGGAAGUUCUGGACAAGAGCUAAGUGUAUUCCUUGUCAGAUCAUAACAAGAAAAAUUCUUAUUUUAGCAUAUACACAGGUAUAUGUCAUAUGUAUGUCUACUUCAGAUCAGAGUACUCAAAUAUUGUACACAAUCUUCAUAUUCUGAAUUUUUACUAGUUCUUAAUUA